AUGUCGCUGUCCAGGCCCACCAGUUCGUCUAUCUCUUCGCUGCUCAAGUGCUAUACCCCCGCCCUCGCUCGCCACAUCUCCCGCAAAGCACGUCCAACACCCGCCCUCCGGAACCGCUUCUUUGCCAGGCUCAACGCAGCGGUCAACACCAACUCUCCCUCUUCUUCCUCUUCAUCUGCCUCCUCUUCGUCAUCGGCGACCAGUACUGAUGAUUCAAACAUCUUGUUUGCGCGCGGAAACGGCAGAGGUACCGUCCCAGUCCGCCCAUAUACAUUCCAUAUCGGCGCCAGCUGGGCAGGCAAACCCGAGGACCCGCGCGGGAUGAAGAAGGUCCCUUUUCCACCCGACACGCUCAUUGGCGCGUGGCGAGACAAUACCCUUAUGCGCUCUAGGGGUGGGCAGACUCUAGAUGCGGGAGAGGAUUUCUUUUUCGUGCAGGAGGUGCUUGUACCAAUCUACCCUGCGCUUCCCCUCCUAUCACCUCUGAAAGCUCACGUACUAACGCGUAUUUUCCUCAUUUUGCAGAUGCGGAACCGAUCAGGUGUAUCAUUCGGCGUGGCGGAUGGCGUAGGCGGAUGGAUCGACAGCGGCGUCGACCCCGCGCUGUUCUCGCAGGCCCUCAUGUACCACGCCCACAGGUAUUCGCGGAAUGCGUGGGCCGGCGAGCCUGAGAUCGACCCGACGAUGGACUAUGAGGAGCGGGAGCAGGUUGAAGGCUGGGAGAUGACACCGUACGAGUGUCUUGACUUGGCGUACGGCGGCGUGUUGAGGGAAAAGUUUGUUUUGGCUGGUUCAAGUACGGCGUGUAUUAUCAGUCUAAACGCGUCUUCUGGUGUCCUGCGAUCAGCAAAUCUUGGUGACAGUGGAUACUCAAUACUUCGUAACACACAGAUAGUGUAUCGACAACGCUCCCAGACGCAUUUCUUCAACUGUCCAAAGCAACUGACCAAGCUACCCACAAAUAACGGACGCAAAUUCUCGCGGGCAUGUGUGGACUCACCCAACGAGGCAGAUACAUACGAAACCAAGCUAAGGGAUGGGGACAUUGUCGUGGCCUAUACGGAUGGCUUCUCAGAUAACGUGUUUCCGUCCGAGAUGGUCACUAUCUGUUCCCUGGUGGCUCGUGCAGGUGGCACUGAGGAAGAGCAAGUGCAAGCGAUGGCGGAUCGUUUGGUUGAGUACUCGCGGCAGUGUAUGAAGAGCAAGCUGAGGGUCAGCCCCUUUGAAAGGGAAGCCUCAAGAGUGGGGCAGUAUUUCCGUGGAGGGAAACCUGAUGAUGUUACGGUCAUCGUUGCGCUCAUCCGCGAGACAUCAUGA